CUGUGACGACACACAGCUUGUACUUUUGCGUCAUCAUAUCAAGCUGGGCGUUCAAACCGGACGGACGUGUAAACUGGGAUGUCAAGAUUGUAGAAACAUUAUUAUAUUUUUCAAAUGUUUCUAAUGUCAAGGAUAUAAAGAGUACAAAGUAAAUUAGGGUCCCUCAUCUGUCGCCGCCAACAUGGCGUCGGAUGAACAAUUUUCACUAUGUUGGAACAAUUUCCACGCCAACAUGUCAGCAGGCUUUCACGGCCUGCUGUCGCGUGGAGAUUUAGUUGACGUAACGCUAGCUGCCGAGGGCAGGUUACUUCAAGCACAUAAAUUAGUUUUAUCGGUAUGUUCGCCGUAUUUCCAAGAAAUGUUCAAAAUGAAUCCUACUCAACAUCCCAUAGUAUUUUUAAAAGAUGUUAGUCAUUCGGCUUUAAGAGACUUAUUACAGUUUAUGUAUCAAGGUGAAGUUAAUGUUAAACAAGAAGAAUUAGCUACAUUUAUUAGUACCGCGGAACAACUUCAAGUGAAAGGUUUAACCGGUAAUCAAAAUGAAGAAAGUUCCACGCCAUCCAAACCAAAGCCGACCUCAAGGCCAGGCCCUAGGUCGUCACAUCAAAGGCAAUCUGUUAAGUUAGAGACUGAAUUAGAAUCUAAGCCCUCAACUCCAGUAGCUAUUAAGAGAACAAAUAGGCCGUCAAUAGCAUCUAAUAAUUCUUCAUCAUCUCAAAGUGGACCAGCGAAACGGAAAUGUAUCGAUCCCUUGGAAGCAGGGCCUUCUGGCUCUGUCAAAGAGGACUUUGUAACGAUACCUGACGAGGAUGAAAAUAACGCUGUGGCACCGAAAAUGGAACCUGAAUUUGUAAACGAAAGUAUGUGGGAUGAAGAUGACGAUGGCGCUAAUAAUGACGAGACUAAUUUUGGCGAAGAUGAUUCUAAUAUGGACAUGUCUGGUUUUGAUGGCUCUACGACUGGCGAUGGCACAAUCUCUGCGGGUGGGGAGGGUGGUGCUGUAGGCGAUGCACAAGAGGAGAAACUGCCAGUCUGGAUACCAAUAUAUUUUCUCUCCCUAGAUGAAACUAAACAUCGAUGUAAUAUUUGUGAUACCGAAGUAGCUGUUACUGAAAAGAAGUUUGAAUUACUCACACACCUUAAAGAAAAUCAUCACGAAAUUAUAGAGCUUCAUAAGGAACAUCCUAAUACAGAUGGCGGGGGUUAUCAAAUAGAAUUUCUACAGUUAAGCGCAAAAGAUGAUACCAUGAAACUAGAGCCAGUUAUACUAGGGGAAUUAUGUGUGCCACCUCAUGAUUAUGCUCUCAAAACUACAGAUUUAAAUGAUGAAAAUUUUUAUAUAGUUACCAAUGAGGAAAAAACGGAUAAUAAAAAGGGGCAAAAUUCAGAAUACAAUAGAAAGCGAAGUUGGGUGUGGAAGUACUUUGUACAAAUGACCAAGACAAUAUAUCGUUGUAGUUUAUGCAAUGUAGUGUUAUCAAUAAAGGGUAGUAAUUCUAAUAAUAUGAACCGGCACAUACGGACCCGACAUUUUUCUACAUACACAAGUGAAAUAAGUUGUAAAACUAAUAAAGAAAUUGAGGCUGAACAGGAAGUUGAGGUUGUGCAACCACCUAAGACUAAAGGUUCACGAAUGGACAGUAGAAAGUUACGACGUAGCUGGGUUUGGUCUUUCUUCACACUGGUUUCGCGAACGCGCGCUCGUUGCAAGAUUUGUAAGCGAAUUAUAUCCCACGGAGGGAAUGCUACAGGGAAUAUGAACCGUCACCUUAAGAUCGUGCAUAAUAAAUUUGCAGACCAAAGUGAUUGGGUAUGGAAGGUGUUCGAGGCAGUAGAAGAUGUGUAUGCGUGUAAAAUAUGUGAUUUUCAAUUUAUGAAGUAUAACGAUAUGGACCUUACAAAGACGAUUUUAGGCCACUUAAAGGAUGAACACAAUGUUGUAUCUGGAUCGCAAAUUAUCACAAGUGAUUCUUUUGUCGUUAAGAACAAUUAAAGAAUUUGUAGUAUAGUUAAAACUAAUGUUAACAUUUACUCUAAACACUUAGUUAAAAUACCUUAUUAAGAUAAAUUAAAAAAAAAAACUUCUCGGCGA